AAUCUUAUUAAACCGAAACCAACCAGAAAAAAAAGCGAAAUCGAACCACUCAUAGGUUUAACCGCCGACGAUCCCCAGACGGAGCCACGCACCGGCGACUUCAAUCAUCCCUGUAAUCUCCUGACAUCUUUCUAUCGAAGAACCCGAAUCCAAACGCGUGAAAGGUGAACGCUUACUUGUUUGUGAGUCAAAAUCUGAAGAUUUCAGAAAACAACGAGAUGUCCCGUGGUGGUUCAGACAAGACUGAUGAAUCACUCAAACGGACGAACCUGAUGAAUUUCCGUUCUCUGCUCGUAUCCUCCAUGCUCCUCCGCGUGUUCCUGAUCAUCUACGGAGAAUGGCAAGACUCCCACAUGGAGGUCCGCUACACAGACAUCGACUACACCGUCUUCUCCGACGCCGCCUCCUUGAUGGCCUCCGGUGAAUCUCCUUACAAGAGAACCACUUACCGUUACUCACCUCUCCUCGCGCUCCUUCUCGUCCCCAAUUCAAUCUUCCAUCGUUCUUGGGGAAAGUUUAUUUUCUCUGCUUCUGAUUUGCUGGUGGGUUUGUUUAUCCGUGAGAUUCUGAAACUACGUAAGGUGUCUGAGAAGGUGUGUACUGUUUCUGUAAUGGUAUGGCUUCUUAAUCCGUUUACGUUCACAAUUGGAACCAGAGGCAACUGUGAACCUAUAGUUUGUGCUAUGAUACUUUGGAUCAUCCUCUCCCUAAUGAAAGGUAAUUUGUCACAAGCUGCAUUUUGGUACGGGCUUGUUGUGCAUUUCAGGGUGUAUCCUAUUAUCUAUGCGUUACCGAUCAUAUUGGUUCUCGAUUCCAAGUUAUUUAGAUCUGGUCAAAAGCCUCCUCUUGAGGAUUGGAAUACACUUACUAGCAGCACGGAGAAGAAAACAUUCCGCUUAAAAAGUUUGUUUUCGAGGGAGAGAAUCAUGUUUGGUUUGAUAUCCGGAGGAGUUUUCCUAGCUUGCAAUGCUGUUUCCUUCUACUUUUACGGGCAUGAGUUCCUCCACGAGGCUCUCUUGUAUCACCUCACUCGCACGGAUCCAAGGCACAACUUCUCAAUCUACUUUUACCACAUUUAUCUUCACUACGAGCGUCAGUUUUCAGCUGUGGAGAAGCUUAUCUCGUUUUUGCCUCAGUUCACGGUACAGCUUGCUUUAGUCUUCAGCUUCUCUAAGGAUCUAGUGUUCUGUAUGUUUCUCCAAACCGUCGCAUUCGUUGCUUUCAAUAAGGUGAUAACUGCGCAGUACUUUGUGUGGUUCUAUUGCCUGCUACCUCUGAUUCUACCAUGGAGCCGUAUGAAGCUGAAAUGGGAAGGCUUGUUAUGCAUUAUUCUGUGGAUUGGAGCUCAGACGCAUUGGCUGUUGUGGGGAUACAUGCUUGAGUUCAAGGGGGUUAACGUCUUUCUACAGCUGUGGAUGGCGAGUUUGGUGUUUCUGGCUGCAAACACAUUUGUCCUUGUCAAGAUCAUACAGCGACAUAGAUUCUCUCCUCUCUUCGGACAAUAUGUGUCUUCUGAUGGAAAGAAUGUUAAGAAACUUGACUGAUACUGUUCCAAAAGCUGUCUGCUUCUUUGUUUGUUGGGUCGUUUCAUAUAUUGAGGACCUUGGAACUAUGGUUUUUGUAUAUGAUUCUUGAUCUGCAAGUUUUGUUGGUGUAUCUUUUUGUUUGA